GUUUAAGUUGUAAACAAAAGAAAGAAUACAAUAUGUAAAAAUUUUGGUCGAAAAAUCAAAGAUGAUCACAUAUCAGAAGGUGUACACAGAUCAUGUACAUUCCAGUACAUUGAUGAGCCAGUUUACACAGCUCUGGAGAAAUCGUUUAAUGUGUGAUGCUGAUCUUGUUGCUGGAAAUACUGUUAUAAAGGCUCACAGACUGGUUCUUGUAGCAUCAUGUGCUAUCUUACAGUCACAUGACAAUGUAGCAACAGGAACUGUACUAGAGGUCACACUACCUAGCGACAUUCCACCAAAAUCAGUUUACAUGUUUCUUGAAUUUUUGUACCAGGGUCACAUGAUAUUAUCUGAAGAGAAUGUUGAGUCCAUUGAGAAAAUUGCCAGACUUUUACAUGCUGGAGAUGUUUUAAAGUGUUGCUAUGAUUUUGCCAAAACAAUAAAGUCAGAAACUAACAGACAACAAGAAAAAUUUAGUUUUCAUGAAUUAGUGAGUGUAAAUCAUAUUAGAUCAACAAGUUUCAUUAAAUCUGUUUCCACGGAUACAUCUCAAGAUGUCACCAGAGAUGAUCAGCAUUCAGGUCAAAGGUCAUCAAAAAUGGAAACUGCUUUGUCUCAACAUUCUGAACAUUCAUCACAAAUGAAAACAGCAUCGUCUGUCUCUUUUUCUUCUUCGCCAUCAGCUGUUCAAAAACAUAGAUUAAAUUUAAGUGACCAUCAAACUUCAAAUUCUUCAAGAACAAAAACAAAUUCAUCAACUUUAUUAGAUUUUUCUGACAGCAGAGACAAUUCUGCCUCACACAGCAUUAUUGAUUUGUCUGAUGAAUCUCGUCUUAAUUCACAGACGGUCACUUCUAACCAGUCACAAGUGUCUUCUCAUCGUAGAAACAGUGAUCAGACAAGAUCUUAUUCAAAUGAACAACAUGCAGGAUCCAAUGUAAGUUCAAAGAGACGACAUAGUGAUCAGAGUAGUUCAACAGACACAACUCCUCCUGCUAAUAAUCAAAUGGUGUCUUGGGCAAGGUCACAUGAUCAGUAUUGCCGAUCGCUGUCAGAUGAAAGUCUCAACCAAAACAACCUACCAAACGUUUCAUUGGGAAGUUACCCAGCUCCAUUUGGCUUUGCAAUGCCAGUUAUUCCCUCAACAUUAUGGAGUGAUAAAGCUAUGUUGCAGCAUUUUACAUCACAACAAAAUAUCAGAAGUUCGUCCAGUAAUAGCAUUAGUUCAUCAACUAGUUCUAAAGCUAGUGCCAAUCAUCAAGGGACCAGAGUUAGUGAUUUUCCAGAUCUUCCAAUAUGUAUAGAGCAAGAUGAUUCAGAUGACAAUAGGUUGGUUCUGGAUGUAAGUGAAAUAGAUUUGUCUAUGAUUAAGACAGAAAGUAUAGAGGAACCAUUGGAUCUUCAUGUGAAGGGGACCUUUCAGUCAGAGGAAAUUAACAGGAGGCCUAUUGUAUCCGAGUCUAAUAUGGCAAACACAGAUGUCAGCAGCAAACCAGUUCAGGAGAAAUCUUCAGAGAACCAAGCAAGACAAUACCCUGGUACCAUCCCAUACAGUUCUGCCUAUCAACCGACUGUAAAUAAUGAUUAUUCAAAACAGUGGUCGGCACAGCUACAGUCAGCCGUAGUGAAAAAGAGGCCAAUGAGCAUGUCAUCAAAUGUACGAAAAAUCAUUCAGGACCUCAAUUUAAAUAGGCGAGCGCUGGCAAGUCCUGCUUCACUUAAUUCUCUAGCUGUUGGAAAUCACAAACCAAUUAGAAUGCCUGGAAAGAAUAACUAUAAAGUCUGUUCUUUAUGUUAUAGAAACAAAAUCAGAACAAAGUCUGGGUAUUAUGUAUACAGUUAUUACAAAUGUUCUGUUUGUGAUGUCCCAUUGUGUAUUGGUAGACGAAAAUGUUUCUUAGAAUAUCAUAAGGAGGCAGAAGUAAAUAAAGAAAAAGACUAAAAUCAGAACAGAUCUUUAUAAAAAUGUAUGAAUUCUUUUACUAAAAUAUGAGAUCUUGUUACUUUUUCAUUGGUUCAUUUGUAAAAAAAACAUCUCAUAUCAUCAAAUCAAAAUAAUUUUUGACAUCCAGGCAGCUUUUUAAAUUUUUUUUCUCAAAUAUUUGGUACAGAUGUUAUUGUCUCAUUACUACUUUCUGGUGCAGUACUUUCUUUUCUGUAGAGAAUUUCUAAGUAGUACUAACGUAAUAUAGUCAUUGGAAUGGUUUGUUCUGCAUUAUUUUGUAUUUAGGCAGUAAGGUUGUGAAGAUUCAGUAUAAAUUUAUUGUUCAUAAGUAUUCAGUAUCAAAGUCAUAUUAAUCAUGUUCUUUUAAUUACAUAUUAGUAGGGAUGUCAACGAGUACUCGAGUAUUUGAGUACUGAUCGGUAGUACCAAGUAUCGAAUACCAAAAUGAUACUCAACUAUUCGGGUUCCUGUUAGAAUAUUGCCAUCUUCUUUAUAUAAAAUUGAUCUUCUUGAGUACUUCUUUUGGAAAAUUAAAUAGGCAUCACUGAUUAAUCAUACUUAGUAUAGUAAAUAAAAUACAUUUUGUUUCCAAUGCAUGUGUUAAAUUAGUAUUUAAAAUGCCUCCGAAAAUACGUGGGCUAUACCUAGGCUAACACAUUAAACUAAACAUUGUCUUAGCCAUUCCGUCACAUAGGUACCAUCAGAGCAAAUAGUUUUGUCUGCAAGACUGUUAGUUACAAAGUUGUAAAAUCGACUGUCCCUAAUAAUAGUUAUGUUUCCAAAUAAAAUAAAUUUCCUUGCAUCCUCUGGUGACCCUCAGUGAAUAGUUAAACUUCUUAUCCUUACGCCUUUGUAAACAUUAAAUGUGUUUUCUUAACGAUUACAAAAUACUAUUGUUUGAUAUGGAUUUUCCUUGUUAUAAUUUUUAAAUGGGUGUUCAAUAUUGAUUAGAUUAUUAUUUUUUACUUAAUUAGUACUUUAAGGUAAUGAGCUAUUAAUUAUGGUGUGCAAUUCCUUGUCCCAGAUACUUAUGUAGAUGGUUUUUUCGUCUGUUGAACAACAAACCACAGAAAGUAAAAUACAUAUUUUUGUGUUUCCGUGUUGUAGAUAUAUUACCGAGCGAAUACUUGAGUAUCGCUCAAUAAAACCAACGAGUACUUGAUUAUUAAUUGUUCAACGAGUUGACAUCCCUACAUAUUAGACAAUUUUUGUCUUAUUUGUUUUCAGUUCAUUAUUGGUUGAAAUAAGACUUAGGCAUCAAAUUUUGUUAGUCACAAGUGUUUAUAGUUUUGAUUUUACUUAAUGCGCAGGACUACAUGAUAAAAAAUCUCUAUUUAGUGUAACGUUCACAAAUAUAUACGUCUUAGGUAUGUUUAGUCAUAAUCCAAAAGAAAAAUAAAGUAGUUUUUAGGGGGGAGGGUGAGGGGGUUGUGUUCUUUCAUUAAACAUGCUAUAAGUUCUAUGUAUAAAUGCUUUUUGGUUGUUAUUACUGUAAACUUGGAAAUUAUUGCAAUGUUUUAAACUGAUGUGAAACAGGAUGAACAGUUUGUAAAAUGUACUUUUAUUUUUUUUAAACAAUUUUCUACUACAACAGUUAAUAUUAAAUUAUCAUCUUUGUUUUAAACAGCUGAAUUAUAAUUCCAGUUACAAAUAUAUGAUACCCAUAGAGUUGAAAUAAUCUACAUUUUGCAAUGGGCGGUUUUUUUACCAAUGUCACAUCAUGUUUCUUUGUAGAAAUAAGGAUUAUGAAUCUCAUUCAUUAUUUUAAUUCCCAGAACAUGAAAGUUUUUUUUUCUCAAUUGACUUUUUAAUGUACACAAAAGUGCUAUGAUAUCCGAUGAUACAUUUUUUCAUAACAUUGUAAAACAUGAGGUACAGAAAUGUUUCACACAAUCAGCCAUCACAUCUUCACAUUUUUCUUCAGCUUAAUCAUCAAUUCAGUAUUACCGGUAGGAAAAAUUAUUUAUGACAAAUGUUCUGAAAAUUCUGUAGCAGAUUAUUUUAGGCAUGGAAUGUCAAAAAGAACCUUCAACUCUAUACUCUAUUCUAAAAAAAAUUUAUGAUUAGAAUUGAUCAUAAUUUAUACUCACAAGAUUUUUUAAGGGUAAAAUUUUAAUUAUUUUUAUGAAAAUUUGACAUUUGUAUAUCUUUGUACAGAUAUACAUGUAUAUAUUGUGUACUUAAGUAUAUAAGGCAGCAUUAUAUAUUGUUAAUAUUGUUGUAGGUACUUUUUGAGUCUGUAUUUAAUUUUUUGACAAGAUCAUACAACUAUUUCUUCAACAGUGUUAUUUUUUUCUUUUUGACUGAGACUUUAUACAAAUAAUAAGACAAGUUUAAACAAAUUAUUUGUUAGUAUUUAUAUACACAUUUUUAGUUUGAACUCAUAUCAGUGAUAGAAAAAUGGAUAAGAGUUAAAUGCAUAAUUUCAGUUUUAGUUACAAUAUACAUGCAACAUUUUUCACUGAAAAAUCACUUAUGAUGGUGAUAUUUCACUGCAAAUGCUGGUGAUUGCUAGUUAGUUUACUGUGAUGUAUCUGGGGCUUUUCACAAAAGAUCUUAAAACACAAAUUGAUCCUAAGUUAUACUGAAAUUUUCAUGACUUACAAAUACAUGUAUUUUUUUUCAUGUAAGAUUUUUUUUGUGAAAUGAGUUGCUUCUCUGUAUAUUCAAUGCAUAUUAUAUGUUUACCAGAAUUUUAUGCCCCACCUAGGGGCAUUAUGUUUUUCGCUCUGUGCGUCUGUUCGUACGUCUGUUCUUCCGUCCGUCCGUCUGUCCCGCUUCAGGUUAAAGUUUUUGGUCAAGUUUUGAUCCCAUUUCACAGUCCACUGAACAUAGAAAAUGAUAGUGCGAUUGGGGCAUCCGUGUACUAUGGACACAUUCUUGUUUUCACUCUCAAUCUAAUUGCUUCACUGUCAGUCAGCGAGCUGAAGUUUAUAAUAUGCUAUCAGAGGAUAAUAUGAUUGAUUUUCUCAAUUACUGUAAAUUCAGAAAUUACUGCGAUAUUUUUAUAAAUGCGAAUAAUGCGACUCUCUGAGUAUGCAAAAAUAAGAACUCACAAUCUGAUAACUGAAACAUAGAUCUGUAUUUCAGAUUUUUUCAAAAUAGCAAUAAUUAAACUCGCAUUUUUGUCCAUUCUUUAAAAUUAAUAAAAAUCACAAUAAUAAAUGCAUGCAAUAAUUUCUGAAAUAAUACAGUAUUUAAUUUUCAACACAAAACAGCACUUUCUGCCAUCUGUUGUUUUAACUUGUGAUAAUUUUGAUAUUGAUACAUACCUAAAAAAAACCUAAACAUAAUUGAAACAAACAGUAUUCCAUUAUUUGUACCUAUUUAUUUUAUUUUUUGUUGUUUAAUAAGAUGUGUAAAUAAGUGUGAAAUGGAGUAUUACAGAGGUUAUGUGCAAAUAAAAAUUAUCAGAUUAGGUAAAUGCCUUAUCUGAAUUUACAUAUCUACAGUUAACUUUGUUGCAAUGAUGGCAUACAAGAGUGAGAAAUUACCAGACAUUUAUCAAGGAUUUUAGGAAAGAGAGGAUGCAGUCCUUAGAAAUUUGAAUAGCUCUGCUUGUGAGAACAUUUUUGAUCUGUUUUGUUUUAUGCCAAAGAAAAUCAUAUUUUUUCAUUUCUUUUUUUUGGGGGGGGGGGGGG